CGUGUUUCAUUGUAGGAAGAAUACCUCGAAAUUGCUCUAGUCAGGUUCAUUGGCAAUGGGCCGCGCCAAUUACUGUACAUUCAUUACCAAUUGCGAGACAACAAAAGCCAUGGCCGCCAAGAUCCCAGACGAUGUGGAGGAACUUGCGAAGGCAAAGGGCAUCGAACUGGUCGAAAGUACUUCUUCGGUUUCUAAGGGGAAGUGUAUGGACUGUAAAGGCCCGCUCCUUGAAGGAACCGGUACCUGGUAUGAGGAGCAGAUUAUAUACUUCGAGGAGCCAAUGGUUAAAUAUUGGAUCGUUUGGAGCAAGCAACUGAGGCCCGCUGCCUACAGCUGGCCGAUGGGCGAGCGGAAAUACCGUUGUCACAAGUGUUUUAACGACUUCAACGACGCCCGGACAAAAAUGACUGCGACUCGUGAACAGGCUACGAAAGCUGCCUCAAAGAGGGGUAUCAAGCUCUUCAGCGAUGGCCCGUAUUUCCCGGGCAGGGAGAGACGUCGAUGCAAAAAGUGUUCUGUCCCACUGACAAACAAGGGUUGGUACUCAAGUGGAGACACAUCGAAAAACAACAAGCCGGUGUACGUCUGCUGGGAUGUCAGGGAUGGCACUUUGGUUCCUCUUGCAUACAAAGUCGCGGGAGAAAUCGAGGCGUACGUGUGCCAUGACUGUUACAAGAAAAAUGUUGGAUAGCUUGAAGUCGCAAUCCUGGAGGUCGUCAGGGACUUAUCCGAACCACCAUUAUACUCCCAAAUGUUUGGUUCUAAGAGUUUCAUCAGAGAAAUGUCCAUGUCUGGGUCUUCCUCAAAGUUGGAAAAGUUAGAAGAUGCGGCCCUGACGGAUGAUUUAUACGCAGUACAGCAGAUUAUCAAGAAAAAGAAAAAGAAGAUUCGUAUUCGGAAGGCGUACGAGCCAUGCGGGCGGAUUCGCUGCGGCGACUGCGGCGGAUGUCUUCCCGAAGGGACUUGGUACGUCGAGGAGAUGCUGUACUACGAUGAACCGAUGAUCAAGUACUGGUUCCCCUGGGACGGUGACCUGCGCCCUGCAGCCUACAGCUGGCCUUUCGAAGAUAAGGAGUACCUCUGCACGAAGUGCUUUAACGACCGUGACGACUCUCGAACCAAGAUGACGGCAAGUCGGCCGGAGGCGUUGCAAGCCGCGGCGAAGUGUGCCAUCAAGUUGCACGAAGGCGGACCGUUCUUUCCCGGCAGGCAAAAGCGUCACUGUAAACGUUGCAGCGUCAUUCUCACAAACCGUGGAUGGUAUCUGAGCGAUGAUACCACGAAGAACAAUGUUCCUGUGAAUGUCUGUUGGGACCUUCAAAAGAGUGAGUUGAUGCCAAUAGCGUAUAAAGUUCGCGGACCUGCUGAAACAUAUAUCUGCUUCAGGUGCUUCAAGGAAUGUGACGAGAAGAUCGAUGUGGCUUCUUUAGCUCAGAGUACAGACCAGGAGGGGCAGGACCGUCGAGGCUCUGCUCCAUUUUAUCUUGGGGAGUGACCUUCGACCAAACUGCAUCAUAUCAAAACAUUUAUACGGACACGAUCAUAAUCACUUUUCAGCCGAACAAAAUGUAAACCUUUCGGUUCAUAAUGACUGAUUAGAUAAGAGAGUCACGACAAGGAUGUUCUGCGUGACACAGUGAGUCUGUCACAAGGGCGACGUCUAAAAACGCUACGGGAAAUUUCAGGGAAAAAUAUCGAGUAGGCGUCGUCUUAGAUGUUAAUCGGUUCUCCGCCCUUCAAAUUUGAUGACACCCUGCCUGAAGUUUGUCCUGUGUAAAAGUCAAAACAUGUGAAAACAUAGUGAAAACAGAUUGACAAUUCUCUGAACCGGGAUUUGCACUGGUCUUAACAAAUAUUCAAGCCAAUAGAACAUUAUAUGACAGGACCUAGACAUAAAAUGAACAGCCUUUGAUAUGUUGAAUCUUCUUUAAAGUAUGGUUGACAUAAACAUUUGUGUCGGUAUGAAUUGCUUACAAUUUCUUAGGUUCACUUUUAUGGAAAACGACCUCAACCAAAUACGUGGACACUAAGAGCUACUAGAUUCAGCAGGAUGGCAUCAAAAAAGAGACCAACAAAACCUCUGGACGAAGAGUUUUUAGCAUUGCAACAAUUGGCUGCGAGGAAGGGUAUCAAAAUCAAUGCUUCGUUUGGCUCAACUGGUACCAACAAAUGCGUGGACUGUGAAACUUGCCUACGAAGCGGAAAAUGGUACUCCGAGGACAUCGUGUACAACGAAGAACCAAUGAUCAAAUUCUGGUUGAACAUUGGGAGUGAUUUCAAGAUGGUUUCCUACUGUUGGCCGUCAGGAGAUAGGAAGUAUCUCUGCCCAAAGUGCUUCGAUAUCCGCGAUGAAGCCCGCCUGAAACAUACCGCGAGUCGCGAGGCUGCACUUCAAGCCGCGACAUCAUCAGGGAUAAAGCUCGACCCAAAUCCUGGACCUUACUUCCCCGGGCGGGGCAAGCGGCGCUGUCUGUAUUGUCAAGAUUCCCUGUCCACCCAGGGAUGGUACUUCAGUAGUGUGAAGAGUAAGAAUGGCAUUGCUAUGUCCGCCUGCUACGAUGUCGGCCAGACGAUGGGCUCCCUGAUCCCCAUUGCAUACAAGGUCAAGGCCGCGGUGGAGGAUACGUAUGUCUGCCGGAACUGCUAUAUGGCUUGCGAUGGGGAUAUAGAGUUGUGAGGAAAGUGAGGUAAUGUGCUUCAUAGAAUUCGCAUUCGGAACUUGUCGUUCACGAUGGGCUCUGGAAACUUAAACAUUUUUAGAUAGAUAUUGCAUGUUUAGCAGGAUAUUACGCGAUGGAUUUAGUGACUGUUGUAUAGCUGCCGUACGUACAUGUAGUUGCAAUCAGUCCUUUUGAUUACACGAUGUACUACAGAACCUUAGGGAUUAGGUCAAGGAUUAGGUCUUAUGUCACCUCUACUCGUUCUCAAAUUCGUGAUCAAGGUUCGGACAGAAUUUGUGGGUUUGAAAGAAGAUAGAAAGUUGAUAGAUUUUCACUUCGUGGACGGCCGGUGUAACGUCUUUGGGGGUUUCCGUUUCUGAACGUCUCCCUUCGUUGUUAAGGAAUGCUGAAAAACAAAUCGACACGUUUUUCUCCUUGGUGUUUCCCCUUGUUUACAAGAUCGCUGUCUAUUUUAUGGAAACUUAAAUAUGGGGACAACCACAGGUGUUAAAACGGACUGGCUGCACUUGGUACAGUUACGAGAUAAAGUAACAGGACACCGGCGCUGCUUUUACGCCGUGAAUUGGGUGAAAAGCGUCUUAAAAAUGAAUUGACCUUCGACCCUUUUUCUCGACAGUUGCGGAGAAUUGCAGCAGGCGAUGGUGGAGCAGGCAACUGACACUGGUAGGCCUAUACGAGGGUUGAACAGACGUUUUGCUGCUGCUAGCUUCUCAUGCUAGUUAUGACGCUGCCUACUAUAAUCCUUCUAGAAUGUUAAAAAGUCCCAUCUUGAGAAUUGUAUAUACAUGUACCUACAUUUUCCUUACAUUAAGAUUGUAUUCCGUUUAUAAGCAUGUUCAUAUUCAAUGCCAAUGUAUAUAUAUUCGUACACACACAAAAGUAAAAGUAAUAAAUCAUUUACUGUCAA